UUGUGUGCUGAGGAGACUCAGAUGUUGGCCUCAGCUCCUAGGCUGAACUCAGCAGAUCGGCCCAUGAAAACUUCUGUAUUGAGACAAAGGAAAGGAUCCAGCAAAAACAUCUAUUAUCCUGGGCUUGGCAGCAAGGAAGGGGACAGGUAGUGGAAAUCCUGCAAUCCGAAAAACAGACUGAAAGGUGACAAAGAAGCUGAAGAUGGGUGGCGGAGAGAGGUACCACAUUCCAGCCCCUCAAUCAAGAAAUGUUAGUAAGAACCAGCAACAGCUUAAUAGACAGAAGACCAAGGAUCAGAAUUCCCAAAUGAAGAUUGUUCAUAAGAAAAAAGAAAGAGGACAUACUUACACCUCAUCAGCAGCUGCACAGCAGGCCAUGCAAAAUGGGGGCAAGAACAAAAAUUUUCCAAAUAAUCAAAACUGGAACUCUAGCUUAUCAAGUCCUAGCUUACUUCUUAAGUCUCAAACUAAUCAAAACUAUGCUGGAGCCAAGUUUAGUGAGCCACCAUCACCAAGUGUUCUUCCUAAACCACCAAGCCACUGGGUUCCAGUCUCCUUUAAUCCUUCUGAUAAGAAGAUAAUGACAUUUCAACUUAAAACCUUACUUAAAGUACAGGUAUAAAAUA